AGAGAGACACAGCGAUAGAGUGGGAACAGCAUCACAUGGCACGGCUCGGUCUCCAGAGCAAAUGAAAGGAACAGCUUGAAGGAGCUAAUGGAAUAUCUCUGCAACAGAUUCAUGGGAAAGUGCUGAACUAAAAUCAAAGAUGGAAAACACAACCUUGGUUUGUUCUGCCCAAGGCGGCUGGUGCGGCCCGAACGUUUCCACCUUUUCAUCCAAGUGGGAUGAUAACGUGAACUCCUUUCUGAUGGCACCUGAUGUGAUCAAACCCCCUCCACAGUUCCAGGAUCCAGAGGAGCCAAGCCAGGCAUCACCCACUAACUCCGCUGCCGUGAUAAGACGAGAUAAAGAUUGCGUGAGUUCCAUGAGGAAUGAGCGUAGGAGUAGACCAACCAGUAACAUAGAGCUCCACAGACGCUCCUUGUCACUUUCCACCACUGUCAAUACCAACCCAGGUGUGGCCCGGCGCCGGUGCGAAAGCUAUGCACUUUCAUAUCCCAGCAGCAGCUCAGAGGACAGCGGCAGCGACAGCACCUCUGUCAGGAGGGGAGAUCGACUCCCGGAUGCAGUGCCGCGAUCUAGGUCCCGAAGCAUUGUCCUCAAGAAGGCCAAAAGGAAACCGGCUCCACCUGUGCGAACAGUAUCAUUGCAAAGGCUCGCGGCGGAGAAGAAUUCAGAACACAAAUUACAGGGGCUUCAUCUGAAAAAAGACGCCCAAAGCAUAAUGAUACUGCCAGAUCUCAUUCCAACCUCAAAGCAAGAAGUUGCUAAGUGCAAGAAACCAACUCCCACAGCUGAAGCACCUGGCUUAGUGGCACUGAAGACAUCUGUCUCUUCUCACCGAGCACUAAAUGAGCUUCGAUCCAGUGAACCAUGCAAGUCGGGCUUGGGCCCCUCUGGAGAAACUCCGAUAAACGAAGGUAAUUCUGAAAUAAACACAUCCCCAUCUUCUUCCCACUCCUCGCCCUCCCAGCCUUCCAUCUCUUCUCCUUCCAAAUGCUUCGGGUCGAACUCUCCAUCGAGUGGCUAUGCAAGCCAAUGCGAAACACCCACUCAAUCAGUCCUGUCCUCAGUUACCGCGGGACCUUCUCAACUGGGCUGCAGAAUGCGCCAUAAGCCUUCCAGUGUUAUUCCUGGCCAAAGGGCAAGAAACUGCAAUGCAAGGCUAUCUCUUCAGCUUCCUGAACUUCAGCAGCACACUCCUGAUCCAGAACCGGUUCAGCCAACAGCAAACCGCCGCUACUCGGACAGCACCGAAGCCACCAGACCCAAGCAAAGGAUGAGUAACAGUUUGUUGAUCAUGCCCGUGAUUACUCAGGAGGACCUGAACAACGUGCAUUUGCGCUCGGUCAGCAGCUCCGAUCUUGAGAAUGCACAGGAAACUACAACGGACGUUAUCGAGGAGGAGACUGAAAGGGGUGGAAGCUCUUUAAGCCCCACAAACAACCAAAAAGCCAAACCUCCAGUGGCUCCCAAGCCCCAGAGAAGUAAAUGGCCACCCAAUGCCAUGGUACAGCCACGUUUUGGAACGGCUUCUGAUCCAGAACCGCCAACGGUCACAGCCAGUGAGAGACCAGAAGACAUUUACGCAAUGAUUAGCAAAGCAAAACCCACAGUGACUGUACCAUCACAAAGUACUGAACGAGCACAUCAUCAGAGGCAGCGGAAGGACUGCUACUUUUUGGAAGGACAUUCUCCACAGCCGAUGAGAGAGUCCCAUCUGCCACAACCCCCAUGCACUUUUGAACCACAGAAUCCAAAUGUGCUCCCCUUCAACACAACCACCUGUUCUAACCAAUAUGAACUUCAUAAGAAGAGAAGAGCCCCACCACUGCCUCUGACAAAGACACCAGCUGUGGACAAUUCACUUUAUUAUAACUCAGCUGCUCAGAAAAGCUCAGACGAUGCCCAGUCUCCAAAUAAACUCUGCAAGUCUCCGAAGUCUCCAAUCUCUGCAAGUCAAUAUCAUGUGACCCUAUAUGGUGUCAUUCCAUCUUACCCUAUGGUCAUUGAGCAACAGCACUCAAAUGCACCAGAUCAUCCAACUUAUGAUGUAGAGAAGAGGGACCGAACGCCUGACCUUGGACCUCUACAACUGGUAGGAGAGGAAGACGAUGUGUUUCUUUACAAGUCCCAAUCUCAAACAACAGAGGACCUAUUCACCAUAAUUCACAGGUCUAAAAGAAAGCUCCUGGGUCGUAAAGACUCCUUCGAAAAUAAGCAGGGUGACCCUGGCACUCAGACACUUGGCAGUGGAGCUUCCAAAAUCAGUUCUCAAAAUGACAACUUCAUGGCUUUUCUGAGAAGGACAAGAAGUGCCAAGGGUAGUUGCAGUGAACGAAUCUCAGCCACAGAGCUCCUCAGAAGCUCCAAGCCCACAGCUACCAUUGCAGCAAACAUGACCCACUGCAAAAAUAGCUAUGAACAGUCACAUGGUCCAUAAAGCAUCUCUUUGUUCGCAGUCAUGUUUUAUAUCUAAACUACUUUGUGACAAAUGCCUUGUUAAAAUUUCUGAAAUAAUAUCGAAGUAUCAAGAAAUUGGCUUGUAAAUAUUCGCUUUUUUGUUUUGAAUAAGAUCUAAAGUAGAGCUUUAAGAAGUUAAAACGUAUAUCUUCCUGAAACACGGAUGUUGUUGUGAAUGAUAACAGAAUGAUUCUCAUUUGUAAAUUCAAAUACAGCUUUAUGUGUUAAUGUAAAUGUAAAUGUUUUAAGAGUUGAGAUGCUAUCCUGAGAAAAUAUUACAGUUGUAGUCACAUUGUUACUGAAUAUUAAAACAUAAAUAAUUUGUUGUGUUUGGACUUCCUGCCUUCCAUAAAAAUAGCAGACUAUUGUAUAUCAAUGACUGUUUUAAAGAUGUUCUGCUGUAGAUUUGCACAUGUU